AUAGAAAAUUUCAAGAAUUUCUCAGUGAUUAUCUUAACAAAUUCAGAGAAUUCCGAUCCAUGCUUUGCAUGUUAUGUUUGUCAAAUAGCGGGAAAUCUGAUAAAGCCCGCGGGUGGCAAACUAGCAAUCUUCUGUCUCCAUAUAUAGCUGCUCUAAAUCUGGUCAAUCCUCCUUAUAUUGUGGCGCUUCCUUAAACUUAUACUCUCUCUCUCUCUCUCUCUCUCUCUCUCUCUCUCACACACACACACACAAACAGAGAGGCUGCCUAGAGCAGAUCGAGAAGGAAAAGAUAAGUGUGAGCAUAAGGAAACACUCGGCGGCAAGCAGUAGCGGCAGCAACAACGGCAGAAGAACAAGAAGAGGACAAGGAACAGGAAUGGAAGCCAAAGGUGAAGUGAGGCGCAUACACAUCAUUUACUUCCUCAGUCACAUGGGUCGGGUUGAGCAUCCCCAUCUCAUUCGGGUUCACCAUUUCAACCGCAAUGGUGUCUAUCUGCGAGAUGUUAAGAGGUGGCUUGCGGAUUUGAGGGGAAAGGACAUGCCAGAAACCUUUGCUUGGUCCUACAAGAGGAGGUACAAGACAGGCUAUGUUUGGCAAGAUUUGCUGGAUGAUGACCUUAUAACCCCUCUCUCUGACAACGAAUAUGUCAUCAAAGGAUCCGAGAUUGUCUCUACCCCAUUUGAUCAUGGUUCGUACUGUGAAAAUAAAGCAUACAUCUUGAAAAAGCAGCAGCCUGUUGAGGUUGAAGCCGAAGCUAAAGACCAAAACCAGCAGCAACCUUCACCCAAAGAAGCAUUCCAAACGCACCCGGAUUCUAAGACCAACACCUCAACAGAUUUCUCUUCUGAAAUCAAUGAAGAGUCAACUUUGUUUGGCUCUGAGAGGUCAACACUAACCAAUGAUUCAAUAAAGCUCCAAGAAGAGAAGCAUGAACAUGGUGGGAAACUCGAAACUUCUUUCUGUUCCACACUGCCGAGCAAGAAGAAUAAAAAGAAGAGCAACAACGACAAAGUGGAAAAGGCGGCCGGUACACCAUCCUCAUCACACUCAUCAUCAUCGUCUUCUCAGUCCCCCCCGUUUACAAAGAGCAAGAGCUAUUCAAGCGGAGCGUCUAGCAUGUUACGCAAUUUGAUUGGCUGUGGUGCUGCGGAUACCAAUGAUGCAGUGUUUGUCAAGCUGAAUCGGGCUGACAGCAGAACUAAGCCUUCCAGCAAAUCCGAUAUUAAAGAUGAUAUUUUUCAAGGAGAGAAGUUGGGAGGGUCUGCCAGGGUGUAUGGGACUACUUGGAAUCAGCAGCAGCAGCAAAAACAGCAACACAGUUCUUGGAAAGGCUUUGAUGAAAAACAGGGUUCACAGAAGAAGAAGCAGAGUGGAUUCUCUAAACAAAAACCAGUGUCUACUGCUUUCAAGCCAAAUUGCUCGCAAUGUGGAAAGUCAUUCAAGCCAGAAAAAUUGCAUUCUCACAUGAAGUCCUGUAGGGGAAUGAAAGCUUUGGCAAAGACCACUACUGAGAAGACCCAACCCCACGGAUCAAUGACUUCCUCUCAAAAGGAAUCAGCUUAUGGUUAUUUAUUGACCAACUGAACAUUUUAGAUGUUUUCUGAUAAUUCUGUUGAUUUCAAAAUGUUGAGGGAAAAGAAAGCCUACAUUUCAUUUUUUUCAAAAUAUUUCUCGAAUGUAUAGGGAGAAUGCAGGGCACAUGCGGGUGAUCAAAGUAGAAAUUCCAUAUACAUCUUACAUAA